AUAUAAUUAUUUCAUCUAGGAUCUGCCAAGGCUGAAAGUAAUUUGAAAAAGCUCAUACAUAUACAUUCACAGCAUUCAUGGCUGUUUACGGUUGUACAUUUAUAGUCAUUUUACAAUGUUGCUCAUCCGAUAUGAAAUUAGUCUUAAUGUUUCAGCAUUUUGACAGGUGAAUAGGUGGCUAUUUGCUGUUGUCUGGGAGGAAUCAAGGUUGCAUUGGUGUUUACACCACUAAUUCAGUGUGGUCACAUUUGUGACUACCUCUUAAUAUAUGGUUUGAGGAAUGUGCUCUUCCACUGAGUCUUUUGAAGCUGCAGCUCUGUGUUUUGGCGUCUUUAAGGCAGACGAUCAUCCCAGGGCUGUUUUGUUGUCUGGGCUCUUAACUCCUCAAAGCUCUUGGUUCUAACACACCAGAGCUUUAAGCUUUUGUUUCAUCCUCUGUGACAUCAGCGCCCGUCUGUGCUCUAAUCUCUCGGGCUUUAGCUAGCCUGUGCUUUCUCCGGGGCUCUUAGCGGUUGCCGGGGUGACGGGCGGCAGCAGCACCUGCUAAGUGGCGCUGGAGUGAGAGAGUUGAUGACUGAGCUGCAUGCCUGCAAGACCUCCUGCUGCUUACAAACACACACGGGUGGCUAAGCUGAACAGGGUUGAGCUGGUUUCAGGGCGGCAGUGGUGGGGUGUGGUUUGACACUCUAUUUCUUGUCCCUGACAGAAAAUGGCUACUUUAGACUCUGUGCUGGGUGAGCAGUAUUACAGGGACGCUAUGGAGCAGUGUCACAACUAUAAUGCCCGUCUGUGUGCAGAGAGGAGCGUCAGGAUGCCCUUCCUUGAUUCUCAGACAGGUGUCGCCCAGAGCAACUGCUACUUCUGGAUGGAGAAACGGCACAGAGGACCAGGUAUUGCCCCAGGUCAGUUGUACACAUAUCCAGCACGACGCUGGAGAAAGAAGAGGAGAGCUAACCCACCAGAGGACCCUCGUUUAGCCUUCCCAUCUCUGAAGUCCGAGCUGGAUCUGGGGCUUAAGAAAGAUGUUUUCUCCAGUGAUGGCAGCAGCUUAGAGGCACUUCUGAAGGGAGAGCCAGUGGACAAAAGAUCCGGGUUGGAGCUCCGCACAGUGGAAGAGGAGCCCAGCUCUACCGAGUACUCUUCCGGGGGACUAAACCCCAGCGGCAGGGUCCGUAAGAAAAUUUUGGAGCCAGAUGAUUUUCUAGAUGAUCUGGACGAUGAAGAUUAUGAAGAAGAUACUCCAAAGAGACGGGGAAAAGGCAAGGGAAAGGGUCGUGGUGUCAGCAGCGCUCGGAAGAAGUUGGAAGCAGCAGCUGCUUUGGAGGAUCGAGACAGACCGUACGCUUGUGACAACACUUUCAAACAAAAGCAUAAUUCAAAAUCUUCCGAAAGAGUCUGUGGGAAGCGCUAUAAAAAUAGGCCUGGUCUCAGUUAUCAUUACGCCCAUUCUCACUUGGCUGAGGAGGAGGGGGAGGAGAAAGAUGAGAUGGACAUUCGCGAACCAACUCCACCCCAACAAGACGAACCGAAGACUCCUAAGAAGGGCCCAGAUGGUUUGGCUCUGCCAAACAAGUACUGUGAUUUUUGUUUGGGAGAUUCCAACCUGAACCAGAAAACCGGCCAAUCAGAAGGGCUUGUGUCCUGCUCAGACUGUGGCCGUUCUGGUCACCCCUCGUGUCUGCAGUUCACUCCAGUGAUGAUGGCUGCUGUGAAAACCUAUCGCUGGCAGUGCAUUGAAUGCAAGUGCUGUAAUAUGUGUGGAACAUCAGAAAAUGAUGACCAGCUGUUGUUCUGUGAUGACUGUGACCGAGGUUACCACAUGUACUGCCUCUCGCCCCCUAUGUCUGAACCUCCUGAAGGAAGUUGGAGUUGCCAUCUGUGUUUGGCCCUCCUGAAAGAGAAGGCCUCUAUAUACCAGAAUCAGAAUGCACCGCCCUCAUGAUGGCCUUUUGGAAAGACAGACCCUCUUUCUCAUAGUUCCCUCCAAGAUUCGUCUGUUAAAUUUAAGCAAACGAAACUGAUCGAACAGAAGUUGUGGUGAAACAGAAAAGGGACGACCACCUUGCCCAGGCCUGCAGACACAAAUAGAGGGAGGAAAAGAGUGCCCUCCUUCUCUUAGUUCUCUUUCACAUCUCAGCAGGUUUGAACUCAGUAUGACUGUUACACAGUUCCAAGUUUCAAACUACCCCUGCUCUUUGUUUUCAACUAUUAGCCACCCCACAACUAACACAGUACUUCCAUAGCAAAUGUCAAAGCCAGUCAGAAACUCUCUUGACCCUUACAGCAGUACAUACUUGGAGGAAGUCACUAUGAGAAUAUUAUGACUCUGUUUUUGAGUUCCUGCUCAUAUUAGACCUGAUAUUUCCACCUGUUUCUGCAGACACUGUUUAACAGAAAACAAAUAAUUAGCUUCAGCCUAUAUCACUCACAAUAAAUAUUGCAUAUUCAGCCAUAUACAAAAUAAUCUGUCUGUAAUGACACUGCGCUUAUCACGGAGAGGAAUAGUUGAAACCAAUCAGCAUGCCAAUGCUUGUUCAUAAUAAGCAAAAUAGAAAAGAAACAAUAAUGUGUUUUUGUAUAUUUAUACAUUUGUAUAGCAUAUAAAGGUGUGCCGUAUUUAAGAUCUUAACAAUAGAAAUGGUUCAUUAUUAUGAUGGGAGCUGCUUGGGGAUUUUUUUUUUUUUUUUUUGGUAAUGAUAGCAUCUGUAUAUGCCACUGAAGCACAGAGUCUAGCAGUCAGUGUGUGAGCUCUUUACUAACUAAUGGGUCAAUGGUGCAGGUAAGGGUAGUGAUUUUAAAUUACAUUUUUAUAUUGUUAUUAAUUUUUUCAUUUUUAGAUGUCCUUAAGAUGUUCAGAAAUCGGUUCAAAUUUAGUUAAAGAUGGUUAAGACGUCAGGUAAAUGAGGAAUGGGAUUGAAAGAGAGGACUAAAAAAGAAAAAAGUCCAGUAUAAAAGAACAUCCAGAAACUAUAAUAACUGUUGGCAAUUAAUUGGGAUAUAGAACAAUGUAUUGCAGGCUACACUGAGAUCAGUUUGUGGAUGUUCAUAGUUUGAUAGAGUCUACCAAGAAUGGUAAAAAAAAGAUUUCUAUACUGUAAGGAAAUACGUGGACAAAAACUUCAAUGCCAUAAUUGUCAUGUUUACUGUGAUGACAUUUCAUUAAUUACAGCCAUACAUAUGACAUAAACAUAUUCUUUUAUUAAAUUAACAUUAAAUUGCCAAUUGCCAGCUUGUGUAGGAUAUUGAAACAAAAGGUUUUUCAGGCACUCAGAAACCGACAGGUCUGCCUUUGAACGUGAGCUGUGUUAAAUAACAGAGUUUCAGUUUUUCUGAAGAACAAAAAAAUCAGUAUACCCAGAAACCACCAUUGAGGAAUAGAGAUAUCAGAAUGACUUUGAGCGUCACGUGCUUGGUUAGCCAGUAAAUUCAUUUUAGUAUGGCUUAACCGAAAGACUGCUUUCAGUCCUUUAAUCUGAGGUCUGUAUUGGCAUCUUUAUGGCAUCAGAUAUGUGCCAUUUAACUUUAAUUUUUAAGAAAACUGGUAAAAUUGUCAUCCCUUAAAGAGGCAGUUCACACAAAAAUGAAAUUGUCAUCAUUUACUCACAAACCGGUAUAACUUUCUUCUGUGGAACAUAAAAGGAAAUGAGAAAUGUCUUGUUUUGGUCACCAUUGACUCCUAUUGUAUGGGCAAUAAAAAACAGUUUUUCCCAA